CUCAAUGAAAUUCGCUGGGUACAUUCCUUUGCACGUUUCCGUCAUUUAUGCCAAAUUACAGGCUUGAGACAUGCGCAGAUUGUUUGCAAAUGAAUUUUAAAGAUUGUCUGCAAACGCCCUCCUGGCUUCCCACAAUUAUUGGCAACAUUGCGUCUGUGACGUCAAUCUUGUUAUGGCAGCGGAAGUGACGCCGACGAGGGCACCGCUAACUUCGGCCGCUACAGCGAGCGUCUGCCGUGUAGCGUUGGUUUUGCCGGCGCUUCGCUGGUUUGGCGCGCGAUUUUCUGUUCCCUGUGGAUGGUCGUGCGAUGGGUAGUUGGUGUUGCGCUGUGGGUUGCACAAACCACUCAAGCAAAACGCAGAGAGUUUGCUAUCACCAGUUUCCAAAUGACAGUGCUCUCCGUGAGAAGUGGAUCAGUGCGAUCAGACGGGACAACUGGUUACCGAGCAAAUGGGCACGCGUGUGUUCCGAUCAUUUCUCGCCGGAGUCCUAUAAGGAUAGCGUUCACUUGAUGGAAGCUUUUGGGUUGUCUCAGCAACACUUUUAUAGGCGCUUGAAGGCGGACGCCGUGCCGACAGUGUUCAAAGAGGUGAUCCUGCAGCCAGCAACACGAGGAAAAGCCAUCAAAAGGAAAGCGGAGCAGGAUGUCUACGAAGCCCUUGCCUUACCAGAGCCAGAGGCUGGCCAUGCAGAGAGCAGCAAUCAGCAUGACUGGAGCUGCCAAGGGGAUACCCCCACUCAGUGCAGUGAUGCACAGGGAGCUCAGCCACAGACGCGUGAUGUUUAUGUGCAAACAACUGCGCAUGCACAGAGUCCAAAGGCUGUACAGACAUACAUCAGGGGGCAAUCUAUUGGUGUCCAAGUCAGCCCAUUGCCUACUCGUGACAGCUGUGACCAAACUGAUGACAUGCUGCUGUACAGUGACGAGGUGCUACCGGAAGUGAGGCCUUUGUGCUCUACUCCAAAGCGUGGUGCAAAUGCCCCAGGUCUCAAUCUGAGCAGGACUGACUACUUCAGCGAUGACACAUCCAGCUCUGGGGACCUUGAGUCAGGCUUGCACAACUACACAAAUGACUCCUCAUAUGUCUGUGACGAGCUGAAUGAUGACACUGAUAAUGAGCUGCCUGCGCAAGGAUUGGGUGAAGACGGAGUGGCUGAAAAAAAAUACAUCGUCUUUCAGUCGUGCUUGAUGGAACUCUUGCACCAUUGCAAGAUUUGUGGAGCAUCGGGAAGCACGGUUGACAUUGUGGCAAGUGGAACGAUGAUUUCAACGACCACGAAAUGUUCAGGAAACCAUGUGACAAAGUGGUGUAGCCAGCCAAUGGCUAAAGGAAAGCCACUUGGCAAUUUGCUGUUGAGCUGUGCUAUACUGUUUACUGGGAGCAGCCCAACUAAGGUCAUACGCCUGCUCUCUGUAAUGGGGGUGCAGUCGCUGCAGAAGACACAGUACUUUCAGUACCAGAGGUGCUAUCUACUUCCAGCAGUUGAGCAGGCAUGGCACUCCCACCAGAGGACCUUAAUUGAAGAGGCCAAGCACCAGCCACGCUCACUAGCAGGUGAUGGCAGGUGUGACACGCCAGGGCCAUUCAGCAGACUUCGGGACGUACACAUUGCUCGACACUGA